GUGGAGCCCUGCCUGCUGCAGCCGCUCGGCCACGGAGUUGAAUUUCACUGAGACGACAGGGCGGCGGGAGGAGUCAAACACUCGCGGAGAAGAAAGGCAGGCUAGCCUACUCACGGCAGAUCUCCGCUGUUGUCGCUGGUCGACCGACAGCUCUCUGCAGGUGAAGGCUGACCCCACGUUUCCGGUCCGUGCAGCUGUUUUCCACGCGACCAUGAAGCCCGCACACCUGCAUCGCGCGGCCAGAGACCUAUUGCUCACUCAGGUUCUGGCUGCCCUGGUCACAGCAGCUCUUGCCCAGUCUGAUGGCACCAGUGUGGUGGUGGCCAUGUACAACAUCAGUGCCCCCGCUGGCUCGCAGGCGGUACUGCAGUGCCACAGCCAGCGGAUGGUCUGGACGCAGGACCGAUUGAAGGACCGCCAGCGCGUGGUCCACUGGGACCUGUUCCGCUCGGCGCCGGACUACGCCAUGGAGCGGGUUCUAGACAUGUUCUCCGCCGGGGAUCAGCGGAUCUACAACGCCUACAACAAGAACCGGAUCAGCCUGGCCAAGAGCGCCUUCACCGACGGCAACUUCUCCCUGGUCAUCAAGGAUGUUGUCUCAAGUGAUAAAGGACUCUACAGCUGCAACCUGCACCACCACUACUGCCAUUUGUAUGAGUCCAUCAAAGUCCAGCUCAAUGUCACCAAAUCAGCGCGUAAGGAGCGUAAGUUCUGGGAUGGAGAGAAGGCGGUGUUUGUGGUUCUGGUGGGUUCCACGGUGGUUCUGCCGUGCGUGAACCGCCGGAGCAUCUGGACGGACGGCGGUGGUGAGGAGCAGCAGCAGGUGGUCCACUGGGACCGGCAGUCUCCUGGUGUCCGUCACGACCGCGCUGACCGGCUGGUGGACCUGUACGCGUCCGGCGAGCGCCGCCACUACGGGCCGCUGUUCCUCCGCGAGCGCAUGAACAUCACGGCCGAGGCGUUUGCGUACGGCGACUUCUCCCUCGUGGUGUCGGACCUCAGCGCGGCUGACCAGGGCCUGUACUCCUGCCACCUGCACCACCACUACUGCGGCCUCCACGAGAGACGCAUCUUCAGGCUGACCGUUACGCCUGCGCUGCCCACACACACACACACACACACACACACACACACUCAAGCUCCUGCUCCUGUUCCUACUCCUGCUCCCACUCAGCCCAGCAGCCCGUCACAAGCCCUGCCCAACAAGGACCCCAACUCCGGCGUGGUGGACGGUCCGCGGGUCAUCAACGUCAUCCUGCCUGACCAGCGAGCUCACUUCCUGCAGCAGCUGGGCUACAUCCUGGCAACGCUGCUGCUGCUCGCUCUCGUGCUGCUGGCCAUCGUCCUGCUCACACGCCGCGCCAAGGGGCCAGUGCUGGAGUACGACCCUCGCAAGAUGGAGAAAAGUCACAUGAGCGCUAAUGACCUUGAGAUGGUUACCACGGAAAUGAAGAUCUAUCAGGACGAGCCGAAACUUGACUACAAAAACAACCUGCUGAAGGAGAAAGCAGAACUCACCAAAAUGUGCUCCCCAAAAGCCAUUGACCUGGACAAAGAGAUGGCGAAGGCGUGCUCGUACUGAGGGGGCGGAGUCCUGCUGGCUGGCCCAGGGGCAGGUGCACAGAGGCGAUGGAUACAACAGAGGAGGAGGAGGAGCAGAG